AUGGAUCUGAUAUCCUCAGCUUCAGUAAACUUAUUCCCAAGCCUAAGAAACAAUGAGGAGGAUUCUAAAAGUUCUGCGUCUCUACGACGACUUCGAAAUGCAUUCGGGAAAAUGGAAGAGGUUGAUUUGUCAAUCCCUGAUGGGCAUGUUGAUCUAUCAACAUCCCUGACCGAAGAUGCAAUAUCACUUGAUUCAAGUUUGAUCACUGAAAUGGCACAUAAUGCCGUAUUCGAGGACGGAAGGUUUAAAUACUUACGGACAUAUGAGCGACUAGCAGCAGAGAGAGGUACGAAGGAGAUGGAAAUGGGCAAUAGUAUUCCUUUACAAACCAUUGAACUAAAUGAUUUCGAAAAGUUUGUCAAAGAAAGCGCUUUAAAUGACAAAAUUCAAGGUCGAGUUCUUGCCAAACUUCCCAGAGUGCAGCAGAAGGAGACUAUACUAAAUGUUGUCAAAGAGCAAGAUCUCGCAAAUGAUUUUUAUGCAAGUGGGAAUGAAGCAUCAGACAUUAAGAGCCGACGACCAAAGCCACACAAGUCUGAGAAGGAGUUUGCAUCCGAUGUAGAGGAUUUAUAUUAUGCAAGCAGCAAGGACAGGCUACAUCGAAAGUUGAGUGUACGACAUUUACAAAUGAUAUCACUUGGUGGGACCAUUGGAGUCGGGUUGUUUCUAAACUCUGGAAAAGCGAUCAAUAUUGCUGGUGGUUUUGGUGCACUACUAGCUUUUGCGAUAGUUGGGGUGGUUGUUUUGUGCACGAUGAUGUCUUUUUGCGAAAUGGUCACCUUCGUCUCUGUUAUCGAUGGUGUCUCUGGGUUGAGCUCCAGAUUCGUUGAUGAUGCGUUUGGGUUUGCUACAGGGUGGCUAUAUUUCCUUAGCUUUGCCUUUGGUGUAGCAGGUGAAGUGGUUGCCGGAGUCAUUAUGCUAUCGUAUUUCCCCCAGCUCAAAACCACCUCGAACAAAGGAGCCACGACAGGGUUUGUUUUUCUUUUUCUAGGCUCCAUUAUCACGAGCAACAUCAUUGAUGUACGGGUCUUUGGCGAGAUUGAAUAUGUAUCAAGCUUGAUCAAACUACUUUGGGUGGUGGUAAUGAUGAUCGUAAUGAUUGUUUUGAACAGAGGAGGAUUUGGAGGUCCUGCUUUAGGUUUCAAGUAUUGGGAGCACCUGAAGUCAGAUUUUGAAAACAAUAUAAUUUUUGGACUUUUCCGACCCAGCUUCAAUUUGAACGACAAUGGAACCAACCCUCCCAGUGAUGGGAUUGGAGGCGACGCUGGAAGAUUUUUGUCAUUGCUUACAGCUGUUCUUGUAGUUUGCUACGCGUAUAGUGGUACUGAGAUUGUAUGCAUAGCGGCAUGUGAAGCAAGAAAUCCAAGGAAGGCAUUGCCGUCAGCAAUGAGGCGGGUUUUUUGGAGAAUCGUUAUAUUCUACUGCUUAUCUGCCUUUUUGGUUACGUUGAAUAUUUAUGCUGGUGAUCCCAGAUUACUCAGAUACCUUCUGGGUAAAACGGGGAUUGAUGCGUCGGAGUUCCCAACUAACAUCGCCAUCCAAACCGUUGGUGGUGUUCAUUGCUCGAAUGACUCGUCGGUUUUUGCUGGAUUCGGAAGUGGUGCUCAGAGCCCUUGGAUAGUCGCUCUUCAAAGUGCGGGUCAGUGCGAUUUCAGUACUGUAACAAAUGUGUUUUUGGUGUUCUUUGCCGUUAGUUGUGGCAAUGCACAAUUAUAUGUCAGUUCGAGAACGGUUUACGCUUUGGCUUUGCAAGGGAAAGCGCCUAGAUUUCUUACGUACUGCAACAGGAAUGGGAUCCCUUACAAUGCCGUUAUGCUUGCAGGUGCGUUUGGUCUAUUAUCUUUCACCUGCGUAUCUGAAUCAGCCACUGUUGUAUUUCAAAAUCUAAACAGCGUCAUCGCUUCCUCCGGAAUUUUUGUUUGGUUUGCCAUGUGUUUGACGUUUAUCAGGUUUUAUUUUGGGUUGCAAAGGAGGCCAGAUAUAAUGAGCAGAGAUGACCCAUCGUACCCUUACAAGUCACCUUUUCAACCAUACACCGCUAUUAUUGGUACGUGUGCCACUCUAUUUAUGGUCCUAGCGAUGGGCUUUGUUGUGUUUUUGAAACACGAGUGGAACACUUUAUUCUUUUUUUCAAGUUACGGACCAUUGAUGGUAUUUGCCGUGCUCUAUGCUGGUUAUAGGGUGAUAAAAGGCUCAACAAUUACAAGCUUAGAUAGACUUGAUUUUGACUCCGGCAGAACUGAGAUGGAUCGUUACAUCUGGGAUGGAGGUACAGACUACAACCACAAGAGCUUCAAGGAAGUUAUGCGUAAAUGGCUAUCAUUCUUGGCAUAG